AUGCCGGCUGAGGAAGGGCGGGAGAUGUCGGUCGCGUUCUUUGGCGGCACGAAGAGCGAGAAACAGCUCGACGAGAAUGAUGAGAUAGAAGGCUCUGAUCUACCCCCGUCAUUUGUCAUGCCAAUGCUGUCUCGGGGCGAUGAGGAAGAAGUCGCACCAGAGCAAAGCUUAGAACCUCGCGAAGAGACAGAGAAACAACCGGAAGACGCUUUGCAGCCCCAGGAAACGACGACUAUAGACGUGCAAGCAGUCCAGGCGAAUAGUAUUCAUCUAGAGACUACCACAGAUGCCGAGGGCUCGGGAACGUCGGCAGCAGACCGACACGGGUACCAGUGUCGCUUCAAGAACUGCCCCAAGUUUUCUCAGGGAGGCGGCCUCUGCAUCGCCCAUGGCGGAGGAUACCGCUGCCAGACACCAUUCUGUGCCUUCUUUAACUUACGCACGUGUCCAGACCACGGAGGAUCUAAACGUUGCGGAGUUACAGGCUGCACUCGAGUGGCCCAGGGCACGUCAGCACUGUGCUGUGCUCAUGGAGGAGGCAGGAAAUGUUCUGUUAAGAAAUGCGACAAAUAUGACGCUGGACAAGGGCUCUGUUUGGCUCAUGGAGGAGGUAGAGACUGUACGACGAACGGUUGCACCAAGAAGGCCAUCCGCUACGGUCUGUGCAGUGGACACGGUGGACGAGCGCGCUGCAAGGUUGAAGGAUGCGAGAAGUAUGAUCGAGGCCAGGGGAAGUGCAAGGCCCACGGCGGUGGCUACAUGUGCAAAAUGCAGGGAUGUAAGAAGAAGGACAAGGGCGGCGGUCUCUGUGUUGCCCAUGGUGGAGGCAAGAAGUGCUACGUUGAGGGGUGUACGACACCUUGUGUUGGUGGAGGCCGCUGUAAGCUGCAUGGCGGCGGUAGACGAUGCCAAGCUGAAGGCUGCCGCAGUUGGGCACUUAAUGGUGGUCGGUGUAAACAACACGGUGGCACCGGCAAGCGCUGCACGCGUCGUGGGUGCGACAAACACGACCAAGGAGGUGGAUACUGCCUUGCCCACGGUGGUGGCUUCACAUGUACCUUCCCAGACUGCUCCAAGAAACAGCUUUCCGGAGUGCACGCGCAAAAAUAA